GAAAAGAAAAACAAACAUUUCCUUGACUCUGCUGCGGUCGCGGUCGCAUCUGGCGGCCUCCUCGUUCCGGUUCCGGGAACCUGCUGCUGCUCCCCAGUCCUCACCCGUCCCGCCCCGGCGUCGUCAAGGUCCAGUCCAGCUCAGCUUCCCCUGUUGUUUAACGAAAAGCUCCGUUCCAUCAAAUCCAUGUCUCCCGUCACCAGUGCAGUGAGCGACUAAUGCGCAGGCAGUCGCCGGCCGGCAUAAAGGUUCAGUUUUUUUUUUUCGCCUCCCGGCCGGGGUCCCAGCCAUGGCUGCCGAGCCGGCGGAGCUCGCCGACUCCCAGCCCUUCUCUCCGUCGGACUUCCUCAGCCUUCCCCCAACACCUCGCCUCGACCUCGACUGCCCUGCCCUGCAGCUGCAGCUGCAGGACGACGAUGACGACCUCGUGCUCCCCUUCAUCUCGCGCAUGCUCAUGGAAGAGGACAUGGACGGCUUCUUCGACCCGGACCACCCCGCGCUACUCCAAGCCCAGCAACCAUUCGCCGACAUCCUCUCCGACGCCGCGGCUGCCAGCACCACCACCAAAUCCUCCGCCGGUGCCAAUUCCAAUUCCAAUGCCGGCAACAGUAGAGGGACUACCCUCUCGCCGGCCUCUGCAGCUGGCUCCCCUGCAUUCGCCAACGCCACCUGGCCCUACGAUCCAGUCGACCUCUCCCAGCUGCUCCUUUGUCGGACGUACCCCGACAAGCUCCCUGCUGGCAACCCUGCAUUCGCCAACACCGACGCGCUGGCCUCCUCCACCAUGUUCGGCGGUGGCACGGUAAGCAUGGACAUGCUCAACCAGGCGUUCCUCAAGGGCAUGGAGGAGGCCAGCAAGUUCUUGCCCGCCACCACUACCAACAGCCUCCUCAUGCCCAUCGUCUCCGGGGACGGUGACCACAAAAAGUUGUGGCAUGUCCGCCAACCGAAGAAGACUUUGGUGAAGCCGCAGGUGGAUGGAAAUGGAAUGCCGUCGUCACUGUUGCUCCAACAGAGUGCUAGCAAUGGCAGCAGCAGGGGCCGCAAGAACAACAGGCAUGCUGGUUGGGGCGGUGAUGACCUGGAGGAGGACGAAACGACAGGCAGGAGGAGCUGCAAGCUGCUGGCGUGUGAAACAGAGGAAAUCGAGAUGGUGGACGAGUUCGUCCAGAGCGGGUACCAGACGCUGCACGAGCAGAUGGUGGCCAUGACCCUCAGCACGGACGUCGACGACAAAAAGAGCGCCACCAGCAGGAAGGGGAAGAAAGGGAGCGCCAACGAGGCCGUGGACCUGCGCACCUUGCUCAUCCACUGUGCGCAGGCCGUGGCCGCCGGCAACCGCCCCAGCGCCACCGACCUGCUGAGCAAGAUCCGGGAGCGAUCCUCGCCGCGGGGAGACGCCACGCAGAGGCUAGCGCACUGCUUCGCCAAGGGCCUGGAGGCUCGGCUCGCCGGCACGGGGAGCCAGGUGUACGGGUCGUCGUCGCUCAUGGCGCGCGGCUACUCCGCCGUGGAGCUCCUCAGGGCCUACCAGCUCUACCUGGCGGCGUGCUGCUUCACGGCCAUGGCGUUCAAGUUCUCCAACAUGGCCAUCAACAAGGCCAUCGCCGGGAGGAAGAAGGUGCACAUCGUGGAUUACGGCGGGCACUACGGGUUCCAGUGGCCGACAUUGCUGGGCCACUGGGCUAAUAACCGGGAAGGCGGGCCGCCCGAGGUGAGGAUCACCGCCAUCGAUCUCCCUCAGCCCGGGUUUCGUCCAGCUGCUCGGAUUCAGGAGACCGGCCGCCGGCUCACCAACUUCGCUCGCCGGCACGGCGUCCCGUUCAGGUUCCACAGCAUCGCCGCGGCGAAGUGGGAGACGGUUUCCGUCGACGACCUCAACAUUGAGCACGACGAGGUGCUCGUCGUCAAUGGUCUGUUCCAUUUCGGUAAGCUGAUGGAUGAGGGUGCCGACAUAGAUAGCUUGAGCCCUCGGGACAUGGUCCUCGGCAACAUUCGUAAGAUGCGGCCGGACGUGUUCAUCCUUUGCAUCGAGAACAGCUCGUACAACGCGCCCUUCUUCGUGACACGGUUCAGGGAGGCCAUGUUCUUUUACUCUGCAUUGUUUGACAUGAUGGAUGCGGUGGCGCCACGGGACGACGACGACGAGCGCGUGUUGGUUGAGCAGGAGCUCUUUGGCCGGUGCGCCUUGAACGCCAUUGCUUGUGAGGGCUCAGAUAGAGUGGAGCGCCCUGAGACGUAUAGGCAAUGGCAGGUGCGGAAUGAGCGGGCAGGGUUGAGGCAGCUGGCUUUGGAUCCUGAUAUGGUUAAGGGCAUCAGCAAGAAGGUUAAGGACAAGUACCACAAGGACUUUGUGAUUGAUGUGGAUCAGCAAUGGCUCUUGCAAGGGUGGAAGGGGCGCAUACUCUAUGCCAUGUCUGCAUGGGUUGCCAACGGUAGGUAGUAGUAUCUCAUAGUCAUCACUGCCGGUGCCAUAAUAUAUAGUAUCUUUGUGAGAUCCUUGAUUAGGCUUUGUGUUCCUUUCGUGCUUUGGUUAACUACAAGUUGUGAACAGGCUGCUGCAGAGCUUGUGUAAAUGUGGUGCCAACGAAUUGAAGGUCCUGGUUGUGUGUUGC